GUGAUGACAGUGUUUGCUCCCCGUGGCUGGCCUGCGUUGGGAAUCACUCGCGAAGAGGGGCUCAAAUGGGAACGAUUUAUGACCCAACACGCCCUCGCAGAUACUGCUUUAUUCAAUGUCCGAUUGCUCUUUGCGUCCGGUGACUUGAUACGACUGAAUGUCUUGCCACCCGAGACAGCACUUUGGUUACGAGAACAAGCAGUCAGAUCCAUCAACGAAGCUCUCGAUGAUCCUGUUCGCGCGAUCAGUGAUCCAAUAAUCCUGGCCGUUGGUCGCAUUGCUCUUCACGAGUCAAUGUAUGGAGAUAAAAGUGCCGCCAAUCUCAUACAUCGCCCUGCGCAACAUCGAAUGAUCAUGAUGAGGGGUGGCAUGGGUGCCCUUGGAUUCCCAGAGCUUGUCAAGAGACUAAUGAGGUGGGCCGACAAGGUCAUGGCCUUGCAGAGCGAUACACCACGCUUCUUGCCGGACGGAACCGAUCAGGCCUUUUCAAUGAAUCAGAGUGUUGAGGUGCUGGAGAAGUGGGUGCCUCAGGAAGGCGUUUCUUUACGAAACAAGGUCAGAACCUAG